AUACUUUGUGCAAAAACAAUAACAAACCUGAUCAUUCUCCCAGCUGAUGGAUGUACUUCCGAGUGAGCUAAUUAAUACAGUUUUACUAGGCUUGUUUGCAGAGAAAAGGAGGUUUUGUACCGAAAAUUGAAGUUAUUCAAUUAUGACAUCGCCAUCAGAGUUAGUUGCGGCUACAGCAAAUGUUCUCCCCAUCACAGAAAUCUUCGGUCAGGGUGAUAAUGAGUACAACACAUUCAGGAUUCCUGCUCUUGUGUUUCAUAAUGAUACAUUUCUGGCUUUUUGUGAAGGACGUAAACAGUCGUUCCGGGAUUGGGGGCCAAUGGACCUUGUGAUGCGACGAGGCUUCCUGAAAGGAGACAAUAUUGACUGGGAGGACAUAAAAGUCAUUGCGUCAUUUGAGAAUCGCAGGACAAUGAAUCCUGUGCCUCUUGUUGAUAAGCAUAAAAAUGCCAUCAUUUUAGUGUUCACAACAUAUCCCACUGAGAAGAAUGAAGCAGACAUGAUCAAGGAAGAAAAAUAUAUAUGUCGUGUGCAUGUAAUAAAGACUCUUGAUGAAGGACAGACAUGGUCCAGUCCUGCAGAUAUAACAGAGGAGACCCUUGGAAAACUUAGCAGACCACCGAAUAUAUAUUCACCAGGUCCAGGGCAUGGAAUUCAGCUAAGUACAGGACGCUUAAUUGUCCCAGGUAAUAUGACAUGGAAACCUGUUGAAGAGGAAGGUUUUUUUGCAAAGAUAACUCAGUUUGUGAUGUCAUUGUUUGAUACAUUUUAUGGCACUGAAAGUUUGUCAAACGUCCUGUAUAGUGAUGAUGGUGGUAACACAUGGCAUUUGAGUAACACAGUUCAACAUACAAAGGAUGACAAUGAUCAUCCCAUACAUUCUAAUGAAUGUCAGGCAGUUGAACUUGAAGAUGGAAGCAUUUGUGUGAAUAGUCGUACUUUAGGAACAGCCUAUCGACAGCAAGCUUUCAGCAAUGACGGAUGUGUUUCAUUUCAUCGAUCAGAACUCACACAACUUGAAGAACCAUGUCACAUGAUGUCGAAGAUCAUGCCAACAGUAAAGUCUUUUGGUGGUUGCCAAGCUAGUCUGGUUGGCUUCCCGGCACCACAGCAUCUUCUCUGUAAAAAUGAUCAAAAGAUCUGGGUUCUUUUCACAAAUCCAGCAAGCAACACCACCAGGAUAAACAUGUCCGUGCGAUUAAGCCGUGAUGGAUGCCAAACAUGGAGUCGGCCCUGGUUGCUGGAUCCGUAUCCUAGUGCUUACUCUGACAUCACAUACUAUGGAAUGCACCAGUUGCCUGAUGGCACAUCCACAUGCCUGUUUGCAUGUCUGCAUGAAAGUGGAAGUGCCCACCCAUACGAGAGAAUAGUUUUUCAGAAAUUUUCAUUAUUAGAUUUACUACAAGGCUUAGAAAUUGCCAAAUAGAUUUUGAAGAACUUGGCAGGGAUAACAUUUACAGGUUAUUUAUUAUUGUAUUGAUUGUUCAUGAGUAACAUGAAUAUUCAUUAGUACUGUAACACUAAGGGUCUAUUGACCCAUUGGGUGUCGACAGGUAUUUUCAGUGUCAGUAAAUAGUCAAGGUGUCGGCAAGGUGGUUGUUGAUAUAGGGGUCAGUAACACAAAAAGGGGUCUUUGACGAUCAACCAUGGUGUAAUUUUUUUUAGUGAACUAAGGACUACCAGAGCUGACAGGCAGCUAAAUGAUAUACACAAUUUUAUCAGGUUUUUUCCCUCUUUGAGUACUUGCUUACCAACCAUUUCUGAGGAAGAGUAUUACUUGUUUAAUGCUUUGUAAUUGCAAGGAAAAGCACUAUAGAAGUACCAAGUAACAAAAAUUACAUGAUAUAAGACCAUGGAAAACAUGUAAGGAUGCUUGUUUUGGAUAAAGUACAUGCAUGUCCCUGUGGCAUAUGUACACGCAAUAGGAGGCUCCUUAUCUUACUAGUUUUAAAACAUUUUUUAUUCAAUUUAAAGUAAAUAUUUAUCAACAUUAGUAUAUUUGGAUUUUACAUCACAUUUUUUACUAUCAAUUAAAUCAGUGAUUUUUAUACUUCUUUUUACUUGUUUUUAUAUGUGAACCCGCCGUGUAUGAGCAUGUGCCACUGAUAUAAAUAAAUUAUAAAUUAUUAAAUUGAUAAAUUAUUAUUAUAUUACUCUACAGUAUUUUGUCUCAGUUCGUAUCAUUGAAUGUUUAUUAAAGUAUAUUUGGAUUUUACAUCACCUAUUUUACUAUCAGUUAAAUCUGUGAUUUUUAUAGUGUUCUUUUUACUUGCUUUGUACGUGAAACCACCAUGUAUGAGUGUGUGCCACCGAUAUAAAUUAUUAAAUUAAUAAAUUAUUAUAUUACAGUAAUCUACAGUAUUUUGUUAAAAUGUGGUCGUAAAUUUGGGAAAAUACAUUGACUUUGUUUCCUUCUUUGUAAAACCUACUUCAGUACUGUAGUUCCAGUAGAAUAUUAUAGUAAUAAACCUGCUUAGAGAAUCCAAUGUGAUUUUAGUGUUUUGAAGAAAUGCUUAUUUAUUCAUUAAUCUUGAAAGAUUAUUCGUAACCUAGUUGGUUAGUUUUUUUUUGUGUUUAAUGAUCUUCGUUGCUAAGCCAUUAAAGAUGGACAUUGAGAUUGUUUGUUUUUUACUCGUACAUUGUGUCCAAACUAAAGGUUUCUUUUCUUGAAAAGACAAUAAAUAUAUAAUCUUGUAUCUCAAAAAAGCAUUUUUCUUUCAUGUAAAAAAUUUAUUCACAAGCUUAAUCAUAAAUAUUGGGUUAAUUUUAAUAUGAAUUUACAACAUACAGUAAUUACAUAGUUCUGUUUGUACAAGUUAAAAACAGUUUUUAAACCAAUUUUAGAUAUAUUGUAUAUACCAAACAUGGGAUAACAACAUUUUAUAUCAUCUAUUGUUUAUACCAACUAAGGGAUGACAACACAUUUUAAAUCAUUUGAUAUACCAAUUUAAUAAAAUUAAAUACAUUGUAAAUUUAUUUUGUUUACAACAUUCCUAGGAUAACACAAUUUUAAAAU